AUGUUAUUUGUUAGACAUUGUUGCAGCAAGGUAAACAAAAUCCCAGGCUUUAAGUUACUGCUAACUGUAAGGUGUCAUUUCCUAUUAGCAUUUGAUCUGUUGACUUCUUCAGUCCACGAAGAAUCUACUGCUUUCAGUGUCUCGAUUGAUUUGGUGGUAUUACAGUGGGACAGCAGUUGCACCUCGGCAUUAUCACUUGUUAUGCCUCUUGUAGUACAUUUAUUUAUGUUUGCUGUUUUUUCCAUGCAGAACAGACCACGGGGCCAACUAAAGAUUGUCGAGAAGGUGAAUUCACCUAUUGAAGUAAUUGUAAAUGGAAAGUACAAAUUAUUGUAA